CAAACGUCCACAGCCUCCACAAAAUGCAUAUCAGGCCAGCUAAUCCCCAAGACCUUCCUGAUUGCGCUACCAUUGCAAGGGACGCCAUGUUUGACGAUGACUUGACUGUGUAUUUAGCCCCUUAUCGCCAUACCCAUCCAGAAUGUCUGCGUCAGGGUGUUCUCCGUCGUGUGAAGAAAAGGUACUACGAUGACCACACUACACUAGUCGCUGUGACCGAUGAGGACGAUGCGGAAUGGAACGGGAUUGAAAAGGUAGUAGGCUACCUCUCCGCAGGCUCGAGUAUGCACAAGGAACAGAAUACUCGGCGAUUGUUUUCUUGGAAGGCAUUUGAGGUUCGACUUCUUCGCCUAGAAGAACUCUUCAUCUGGUAUACCAACUCCGACAGGUCAAUCUCGCAAGCGAAGUGGCUUGAGUACUGGAGAAGCACCGCAAGUGGGACUAGAGGUCCGCUUGCUGAGAUCAAGGAGUACUGGGAGGUCGACCAUCUGUCGGUUGCCCCAGCCUCCCAUCGACGCGGCAUUGGGUCGGCCUUGGUCGAGUACGUAAAACGUAUUGCAUCCACGGACAACCUCCCUGUUGUUUUAUUCGCCAGUGUCAAAGGUAGGCCCAUGUACAAGAGAGCUGGCUUCCUUGAACUUGGACCGGCAACCUUAGGGACAGGACAUGUCAGCGAAGCCAUGGCCUGGUAUCCCGGCAGUCCGACCUCGUCAAAUCGGCUCGAAUAG